AUGGCCUCUGUUGCUCAGAAGAUCUUCCGUACGGCGAACGCGCCUGCCGGCUCCCCCACUGAGACCGAGACGCUGGUGUGCCAGGCUCUGAUUGACCUGGAGAACCACGUCCCGGAGCUCAAGGCUGACCUGCGCCCCCUCCAGAUCAGCGCCGUGAAGGAGGUGGAUGUCAAGGGCGGCAAGAAGGCUUACGUCGUCUUUGUCCCCAUGCCCCAGCUCAAGGCUUUCCACAAGAUCCAGCAGCGGCUAACCCGUGAGCUGGAGAAGAAGUUCUCGGACCACCAGGUCGUGUUCGUUGGCCAGCGCCGUAUCCUGCCCAAGCCGGGCCCCCACAGCCGCGCUAAGCAGCCCCGGCCCCGCAGCCGCACGCUCACUGCCGUGCACAACGCCAUCCUCGAGGACCUCGUCUUCCCCACCGAGAUCACUGCCAAGCGCACCCGCAUUGCUACCGACGGCAGCAAGCUGAUCCGCUGCGCCCUCGACUCGAAGGACGCUACCAGCCUCGAGUACAAGCUGGAGACCUUCUCGAGCGUCUACCGCAAGCUCACCGGCAAGGACGUCGCUUUCUCGAUCUAA